CUCCUUUGCUGAAACCCUGAAACUUGACUUUUAAAGAAAGAAAGGACGUGAAGAUUUCCCCACUUCUAUAGUUCGCCAUUUUCUCUCCCAACAUUUUUCCGUCCCCAAACAAUCCCUCCCUCUGCCUAACUCAGACGGAGUAACAUAUGCUUCUUCUCUCAACCUUCUAGAUCCCAUGGCGUCCGCCAAACCCCCGCUCCACUUCCUCCUCUUCUGUAGCCUCAUCUACGUCGCCCUCUCCGACGAUGCCGCCGUCAUGUCAAAGCUCCGCGCUGCUUUGUCUCCGGUGCCUUCUGGUUGGUCCGGUUCCGUCCCAUUCUGUUCAUGGUCCGACGUGAACUGUGAUAAGUCGACUGGCAACGUCAUCUCCAUCAACUUAGACUCCAAGUCCGUCUCCGGCAGCCUCCCUUCCGAUAUCACCCUGCUUUCCGAACUCCGGAGCCUCUCCGUCCAGAGAAACUCCCUCUCUGGAACAUUGCCGUCUUUUGCGAACAUGUCAAACCUGGAGGACCUCUACUUAAACAAUAACAACUUCAGCUCAACCCCGCAGGGUUUCCUUUUAGGUAUUCCCAAGUUGCAGACGCUCAGCAUUUCUGAAAACGCAAACCUAGGUCCUUGGCAAAUCCCUACUUACUUGACAGAAAGCACUAAUUUGAAAUCGCUGUACGCGAGCCAUGCCGGUAUAUUUGGUUCCAUUCCGGAUUUCUUUGAUUCCUUCCCAAAUCUCCAGGACUUGAAGUUAUCCUAUAACAAUCUCACAGGCUCACUCCCCCAGUCGUUUUCUUCAUCGGAGAUCCAAAAUCUGUGGCUGAAUAACCAGCAACAAGGCCUCUCAGGGACUAUUGAAGUGCUUUCCUCUAUGACACAGCUCUCCCAAGUAUGGCUUCACGCUAAUUCAUUUUCGGGUCCUAUCCCCGACCUCUCAAAAUGCACCAAUCUAUUCGAUUUGCAGCUUAGGGACAAUCAGUUCACUGGAAUUGUUCCUGAUUCUCUUGGUAAUCUCCCAAGUCUAAAGAAUAUCACAUUGCAGAACAACAAGUUGCAGGGUCCUCAGCCUAAUUUUGGAGAUGGUGUUAAGGCCAUUGUUGGGCCUAUAAACAGUUUCUGCAAGGAUACCCCAGGUCCGUGUGAUCCCCAGGUAACUGCCCUACUUGCUAUUGCGGGUGGUCUUGGUUAUCCGAUCACUCUUGCAGACUCUUGGAAGGGGAAUGAUGGUUGUAAGCAAUGGACGUUUGUGAAUUGUGAUCCACAGCAGAAGAAUGUGAUUACUCUUAACCUUGGAAAGCAGCAUUUUUCUGGUGUUAUUUCUCCAGCCAUUGCGAACUUGACGUCACUUAGGAAUGUUUACUUGAAUGAUAAUAAUCUCACAGGUUCCAUCCCUAAGAGCUUGACUACUUUGCCUCAGCUUAGAGUUCUUGAUUUGACUAAUAACAACUUGUCUGGGGACAUACCCGUGUUUCCACCUUCUGUGAAGUUCACCUAUUCCGGCAACUUAUUUCUUGGGAAGAAUGUCGCUCCUUCUGGGGGACCACCUGGACCCGGUCCUAACCCAAAUGCUCCUCCUUCUCCUGCCACUCCAAAUAGCUCCUCGAUUUCGCCUGGUAUCAUUGUGGGUGUGAUUAUAGCUGUGAUAAUAUUUCUUCUAGUUGUGUUGUAUGUUUCUUACAAAUACUAUGUGAAUCGUCGCCAUAAAAAAUUUGGUAGGGUAGGAAAGCCUGAGAAAACCAAUCAGAUGGUGGUUAAGACUAACGUUAGUGAAUAUUCUGGCAAUGCAAAUGAGUCACAAAGAAUGAACAGCGGUGAAAUUAGUGUUUUUGAAGUAGGUAACAUAUCUAUAUCAAUCGAGGUUCUUAGACAAGUGACGAACAAUUUUAGCCCUGAUAAUGUGUUAGGAAGAGGAGGGUUUGGGGUUGUUUAUAAGGGAGAAUUACAUGAUGGAACUAAGAUUGCCGUGAAAAGGAUGGAGUCCAGUGGAGCAAUGGGUACGAAAGGGAUGAAAGAGUUUCAAGCAGAAAUUGCUGUCCUUACUAAGGUCAGACACAGACAUUUGGUUGCUCUUCUUGGUUAUUGUAUUAAUGGAAACGAGAGGCUUUUGGUGUACGAAUAUAUGCCACAGGGUGCAUUGAGUCAACAUCUGUUCGAAUGGAGGGAGUAUGGAUUACAGCCUUUAACUUGGAAGCAGAGGGUGACAAUUGCAUUGGAUGUGGGAAGGGGGGUUGAGUAUCUGCAUAGUUUGGCACAACAGAGUUUCAUACACAGAGAUCUAAAACCAUCUAAUAUUCUGCUUGGUGAUGAUAUGAGAGCCAAGGUUGCUGAUUUUGGGUUGGUUAAAAAUGCACCCGAUGGGAAAUACUCGGUGGAGACACGAUUAGCUGGAACAUUUGGGUAUCUUGCACCGGAAUAUGCUGCUACUGGGAGAGUCACAACAAAAGUGGAUGUUUAUGCAUUUGGGGUUGUCCUAAUGGAGAUAAUUACUGGAAGAAAAGCACUGGACGAGACAAUGCCAGAUGAAAGGUCACAUCUUGUGACAUGGUUCCGUAGGGUCUUUAUCAACAGAGACAACCUACGAAAGGCUAUUGACCUGAACCUUGACCAUGAGGAUGAGGAAACUUAUGAGAGCAUCUGUAAGGUGGCUGAGUUGGCAGGUCACUGUACUGCACGUGAGCCAUUUCAGAGACCCGAGAUGGGACAUGCUGUUAACGUACUUGGACCACUUGUUGAACAGUGGAAGCCUUCUAGAUCCGGAGAAGAUGAGGGUGAUGGCGGUAUUGAUCUCCAUAUGAGCCUUCCUCAAGCCCUGCAAAGAUGGCAGGCAGACGAAGGAACUUCUAGAAUGUUUGGUAGUGACUUGUCAUCAUCCUACAGCCAAACACAGUCAAGCAUUCCUUCAAAGCCAUCUGGGCUCGCUGAUACUUUUAAUUCCAUGGAUUGCAGAUGAAUGGUACAAGAUCAUUCCAACAACAUUCAAAAUUUUCUUUCUUUAUGAGGAGACAUAUAUAAACCAAUUUAUUCAACCUACAAUUCUAUGUAAAUAGAUUUCAAAUUCUUGACUUUAAUUGUGUAGUUAUGUUUUUGAGGAAGAAUUGCCUUCAGGAGCUCAGGCAAGCGUAUUGCAGGGACAUUUUAUUGAUUCUUCUUGAUUAGUUUUUGUAUGAAAUUGAUUGCUUUACAUAACUAUCACAGUUAGGAACGUAUGGUGAUGACCGAUGAGUAAUGAUUAAUGACAGGGCUUUUGAGGCUUAAUAAAUUGUGUCAUAC